GUCGCGGACACAGCGUCAAUGUGAUGUCUCCCGUGGGGGAUUGUGAUUAAACUUUGCCAACGCAAAUGUCUCACGCGUUUUUUUUUUACACACAAAUAAAAUAUAUAACAAAUAUUUUACACAUCGAUCGCACGCACGGUGUUACAUACGGUUUGUAACGGAUUUAGCGCAUACGCUUAACAAAGUGAUACUUAACCUUAAAUCUUAACCCUAUUAUAGAGGUUAUGUUGUGGAAAUAUUAAUUUUAUAAGAAAAAAAAAAAAACUAUCAUAUAUUGUUGUACGCGAGUCGAGAAGAAGAAAUAAAAAGUUGUAGAAAAAAUGUCGUAUUUAACGAGAAAAGAAAUAGACGAGAUGAAGCCGCAGAUCGAAAAAGCGGUCUACAAAUUCCUCGGCUUCAGCGAGCCAGCGAUUGUUACCACUGCUGUCAACUGCUUCAUUUCUGGCUACGACAAACGUAAAACAGCAGAUAAAUUGUCAGCCUUGUUAGAGGACAAAAAGGCUUCCAAGUUGACAGAGAAAAUAUUCACAAUAUACGAUGAUACUAAAGUGGCUCAAAAAAGCAAAAAGAAGCCUCAUUCGGAAGACAAGGACAAGGAUAAAGAUACAAAGAAGUCGAGAUUUAAAGAUGAUGAGACAAAAAAUGAUAAGCCACCCGAAACUCAACUUUCUGCUGACAAGAUAAGGCAAAUGAUGGCUAAUGCGCAGAGAGAAAUAGAGGAAAGAAAAAGAGCUUUGAAGGCGAUAAAGCAGGAAGAUGCCGCUGCAAAGCCGUUGUUCAAAGGACGGGAAACAAUAUCAGCGGUCGGAAGCAUGUACAAUCAAGGUCUGCUGAGUAAAACCGAUUCGGACAAGGCUCGAAAAUUAGCUGCCUUGCAGGCGCAGAUCAGAAAUAAGUUAAACUCAGGAAUACUUAGCAACGUCAGUGUACCGGACAAACCGACUCCCUUAAUUCUGGACGAAUCCGGUAGAACGGUAGACAUAACGGGCAAGGAAGUGCAACUUACUCAAGUAGUGCCUACAUUAAAAGCCAAUAUACGCGCCAAGAAGAGGGAAGAGUUCCGCGCCCAGCUUCAGGAGUCGAAAGGACCGGAAGAAAUUCAAGAUACUCACUUCUUCGACGGCAGAAUCGGCGUUAAGCCGGCGAUGCGCGGCAAACGCGCGUUGAAAUUUCACGAACCCGGCAAAUUCCAACAACUGGCGGAGAGAAUACGUAUGAAGACUCAAUUAGAGAAAUUACACAAUGAAAUUAGUCAAAUUGCCAGAAAGACUGGAAUUAGCUCGGCAACCAAAUUAGCUCUUAUCGCGCCAAAGUCGGAAGCUCUCUCCGAAGAUGUGCCUAACGUAGAGUGGUGGGAUUCUGUCAUACUGACUGGCGGAUAUCCCGAUGUUGAAAACGAGCCCACGACAAUCAAAAGUUCUACUAUCACAAAUCUAGUGGAACAUCCGAUGCAAAUGCGACCUCCAACGGAUCCUUUGAAGCCGAUGUUCAUGCCUGUGUACCUAACGAAAAAGGAGCGCAAGAAAUUAAGAAGACAAACCAGACGAGAAACAUGGAAGGAAGAACAAGAAAAAAUUCGACUGGGUCUGGAACCGCCGCCCGAGCCGAAGUUACGGAUUUCGAAUCUCAUGCGAGUUCUGGGAACCGAGGCGGUGCAGGAUCCGACCAAAAUCGAAGCUCACGUUCGACAACAGAUGGCCAAGAGAUUGAAGGCUCACGAGGACGCGAACGCGGCGCGAAGACUCACCGCUGAUCAACGUCGCGAAAAGAAGGCGAGGAAACUUAAGGAGGACACCAGCCUCGGUGUGCACGUAGCCGUUUACAGAAUACGCGAUCUCGCCAACAACGCUUCGAAGAAAUUCAAAGUGGAGACCAACGCGAAACAGCUCUAUCUAACCGGUUGCGUGAUUUUGUUCCGGGACUGCAAUGUUGUUGUGGUUGAGGGUGGUGCGAAACAACAAGCCAAGUACAAACGUUUGAUGAUGCAUCGCAUCAAGUGGGAGGAGGACACGGUUAAGGAUAACGACGGGAACGACGUGAAGAACAGAUGUGUUCUCGUUUGGGAGGGAACGACGAAGCAGCGACACUUCGGGGAGAUCAAGUUCAAAGUGUGCCCGAUCGAAAAAAUGGCUCGGGAACAUUUCAAAAAGCAUCAGGUCGAACAUUAUUGGGAUCUGGCCUAUAGCGGCGCUGUUCUCGACAAUACCGACGAUGUGCGAUCCUAAAAGUAAAUUUUUUGUAUAAAAUACGGAUACUUAUAUAUAUAUAGCAAAUAAUAACAUAAAUUAGCUUGUAAACGUGUACACACACACACACGAUUUCUGAGAUCGUUUCUCACUGAGGAUUAUUUAAGACCAUGAAGAAAAAGAUUUAAAUCGGUGUAAUCGGUGACGAGUUUGAAUAUAAAUAAAAAAAAACGUUUACCGCUUCCUAUUGCAAACACAACUAAAACUGUUUCCUCCGUUGUAUUUUUAUUGAUUUAAAU